GCCUCCAUGCCCAAUGCGCACGAGUGAGAAUAUACUACAAAUCCUAGCAAAAAAAUAUUAUUCUGUUAUAUAUUUGGACAGUACCUGGUAAACGACUAAAGACAUCGGUCACAUUGCCAUGACAGACCUCGCGGAAACCCCCGAGCGUCCAAAGAAAAGUGCCAAAACAAUCGUCAUCGGGCUCUCAGGCCCCUCGUCAAGUGGUAAAACAACCCUUGCACGACUUCUACGCACGAUAUUUGCAGUGGAUAACCGCGUGAGGACAUUUAUUAUCCACGAGGAUGACUUUUAUCAUUCGGACGACAAGAUACCAGUUACAACAACCGCGAAGGGAGAGCUAGUUCAGGACUGGGAUACCAUUGGUGCGAUUGAUGUCAACUUUCUAGCGUCUGCGCUGGCGUAUGUGAGAGAACAUGGAACUCUACCGCCUAGACUACAAAGCAAGGAAGAUCAGAACGAGGCAACGGAUCCUGGUGUUACACAAGCCAAAAUAGAGAGCAUAAGUCAGAGUGUACAAGCACGGCUGUCAAAUUCCCAAGAAUACUCGAAAACAGCCGGGUCCGGGACUGGGGAGGAAUUACCGCCGCUGACAGUUGCGAUUUUGGAAGGUUUCUUGCUCUAUGCACCCCCUGCCUCUGAGAACCCUUCACACAUUCUACGACCAGUUCAGGAAAAUAUUGAUUUGCCACUUUUUCUCCCGGCACCUUAUGACAUUGUCAAACAGCGGAGGGAAGCGAGGAGUGGAUAUGUCACAAUCGGCCCAGCGCCGACACCCCUUGAACGUCCUUUGGGCGAUAACCACCAACAACAUAUAGCCCCGUCGGCGGUUGAUUUGAAUGAGAAGGAUGACGCACCACCACAGGAUUUUUGGACGGAUCCUCCUGGUUAUGUUGAUGAUAUCGUUUGGCCGAGAUAUGUGCAGGACCAUGCGUGGUUAUUAAUUCCAGAGGAGGAUGCGAGUAGCAAGGAGUCCCUGGCGGAUAGGUACGCCAAGAGUACAACACAGAGCGAUGAAGAGUUGUUGAGGCUGGCCGGCAAAGGUGUAAACAUGCGCAAUGACGCCGGUGUCCUUGUCGCUCCAGGGCAGGGAGAGAAGCCUAUGACGGAGAUUCUAGAUUGGGCUGUUGAUGAGGUUUUGCGAUAUUUACAGAUUUAGAUGUAGAAUUUUUCAAAGGAAUGAAU